GGGGCAACUCAUAAAGCCGUCGAGGACCCCACACUGGGAGGGAGGGGGUGCAGCGUGCUCGCCCCGCCCCUUUUCCGCCGGGGGUUGACUGGAGCCAGGAUGGCAGCUCGGCGUGUGCUGAAAGCCGUCUUGGUGGAUCUCAGUGGCACACUUCACAUUGAAGACUCGGCUGUGCCGGGUGCACAGGAAGCUCUUAAAAGACUGCGCGGUGCCCCAGUGACGAUCCGCUUUGUCACCAACACGACGAAGGAGUGCAAGCGAGACCUGCUGGGGAGGCUGCAGAAACUGGGAUUUGACAUUGCCGAGGAUGAGAUCUUCACAUCUCUGACUGCAGCCAGGAGCCUCCUGGAGCAGAAGCAGGUCAGACCCCUCCUGCUGGUGGACGAUAAUGCGCUGCAUGAUUUCAAAGGCAUAGCUACCAACGACCCCAAUGCGGUGGUGGUCGGACUGGCACCUGAGCACUUUAACUACCAGAUGAUGACCCAGGCGUUCCGGUUGAUACUGGAUGGUGCUCCACUUAUAGCUAUCCACAAAGCCCGAUACUAUAAGAGGAAAGAUGGCUUGGCUCUGGGACCUGGACCGUUUGUAACUGGUCUGGAAUAUGCCACAGACUCCAAAGCUACAGUAGUAGGGAAACCAGAGAGAACAUUCUUCCUAGAAGCCUUACGGGGGACUGGCUGCACACCAGAAGAAACUGUGAUGAUUGGCGAUGACUGCAGGGAUGAUGUUGGUGGGGCCCAGAAUGCCGGCAUGCUGGGUAUUCUUGUGAAGACUGGUAAAUAUCGGCCAGAAGAUGAAAGCAAAAUCAGUCCUCGUCCUUACUUAACCUGUGAGAGUUUCCCAAAGGCCGUGGAUCACAUUCUACAGCACCUGCUGUGAGACGGGAGUGUUGUGGUGGAAGAAACCAGGCUCUGUUUUCACACUGUUGCCUUUAUUCCCCACCACACCCCUCAAAGCAAAGAAAUGUCCAAGCAUCAAUGUUCAAACUACACCUGCAACCAAGAGAACAGGCUUCACUCUAGAGCACUGAAAGGAAAUGGAACCAACCUGCACUUAAUGGAAAAGCCUUGAUAAAAACACAAAGAUGAAGCACUGAGCAAGGAAAAACAGGUCUCAGGUCAGCUCAGGGAAAGAAAACCAAGUGGCAGAUGAAACAAAUUGCUUUUGUGCAUUAUGUGGGGAAAGGAAAGUGACAACGCUUUUUCUCUUUGACUCCUAGGAAAUCACAGAUUUAAAGGCUCAUCUGAAAUGUGCUAAGUGAGCUAAGCCGGAGAACCCACCAAAAAUAACCUAAACAGAGCAAAACAGGCAUUUCCAGCCUGAAACAGCAGCAGCUAUGUUGGUAGGUUUGUGUUACUUGCCAUGUGUCUCCUCUCUACUCUGAUCCAAUUUAAAUGUAGAGAUGAGGCACAUUUAGGAGUGACUUUUAAUUUAAAAUAUUGCCAUUAUUAACAGUACUCACUGAUGAUUUCUGUCCCCUCAUUAGAGCAGGUAACACUGGCUUUUGUUUUUCAAAUUUUAUGUAAAAUUAAAACUAUCAGUAUUUUACAGAUGUUUUAAUUAGAUGCCGUUAUUAACAGGAAUGGUGCAGAAACAAAAAUCUGGUCCUUAAUGGCUUAUAGACCAUGAAUUUUUGAAGUUAGACUGCAACAGGGUCCUAUUAGCGCUACCGUUGCAAAAUUUCACUGUUGUUUUUUUUCUUUAUGAUGCUCUGGGAAAAAUCCUUCAUGAGCCGUGGGGACAGAUUCCCACUUUUAUGCAUUUGGUUAGUACAGCUGGAAAAUGACAUUUCAUUCUGUAGCCUGCAUUGCUUUUCCUGCACGUGCUAAAUCCACCAGAAUGAACUAACUUUCUAAUGAUGGUAAAUGGCUUUCCUGGUGCAUUUGCAAACUGUAAUAAUCAAAGUCCCUUGCAGUUGUUUUACAGUGCUCCUGAGUGUUAAAUUAUUACACUGUAACUGUACAUCAUUGUAGUAUUCACCUUAUUGAAAAUACAGCUUUGUGUUAAUGA